AAUGAGUAGUGAAUGGAAUGUUAUGCAAUAUUUAAAUAGUUUUUUAGUAGCAGUUAUGAGACAAGCAAGUGGAAUCAGUAUGACUAUAUUUAUACCAUGGACGCGGAACAGUGGACUACCAUCUAUCUGGGUUGCUGCUUCAUGAUUUUAUUUUCUGCGGAAUUCACCACUUUAAAUUUACAAAAGACGAUAAUUUCUAGUAUCCAAGAUGAGAGGCCAGAGUUCCAAGUGGAGGGAUACUCGGUACAUGGAGUCACAUACUCGGUCACGUGUCUCAGCUUCUGGUUGGCCCCAUCUAUCGUCAGCGUCACGGGUCCCAUUUUGGGCAUGACGCUUGCAGCUCUCGGAUACUCGAUGUACAUGCUUGCUCUAAGCUUGGAACAAACAUGGUCCAUCUACUGUGGAGCUGUUGUGGUAGGAGUCUCGGGUUCUAUUCUCUGGACAGCCGAGGGCAAGUACUUGGUGACUAGCUCCACACCCGAGCGGUUCCCCCGCAACAUUUGCAUAUUUUGGAUGUUGUUCAUGUGUGCAAUGUUUCCUGGGAAUUUAUACGCAUAUUUUCAACUGGAGGGGAAGAAAUACUUGGACCGAGAGACUCGGCGUAGUAUCAUGUAUGUUCUUGCGUCGAUGGCAGGACUGGCUGGUGUCCUAUUCUCAAGGCUGAGGAAAACUAAAAGUUCCUCUUCCCCAGACACUGGUCCGCUGGAAGCAUUGGGGAAAACCUGGACUUUGUUCACAACAAAGAAUAUUCUUGUUUUAUGCUUUACUUUCUGUUACACAGGUCUACAACAAGCUUUCAUAAGUGGAAUUUAUGGACCAUCCAUUGGGUUCACUAUGCAGUUUGGAUCCCAAUCGAAGCAGCUUGUGCCUUUAAGUGGAAUAUUCGUGGGAAUCGGGAACUUUCUAGGAGGAGCUGGUCAAUUUAUGUGGAGUAAUCGUAUCCAUAAAAUUACGUAUUGUCGGAGUUGGUUAAUGCUGCUUGCCUUCAUCUCAGGAUGCUCCGCCUACAUUAUAGUAUUUUUCAACAUCCCAGACAAGGCUGUAUUUGGAAACACAUAUGAUCAUGCAACAAUUGAAAGUAGCAAAUGUCUAGCUGUGCUUUGUAGUUUUCUCCUGGGUCUUGGCGACUCUCUUCUGAACACCCAAAACUUCUCCAUCCUGGCAGUCUUGCAUCCUGACAGCAGCUCUCAGACCACUGCCAUCUACAUGCUCAGCAAGGCGAUGUGUGUGUCCCUGAGUUUCUUCUGCUCCAGUCACCUCGGACUUCACAUUCUCCUGCCGACGCUGAUGUCUGCAGCUCUACUCAGCGCUCUUGCAUUCUGCUCUGUCGACAGAACAGCUGUUAAACUACAGUCAGAACGGAGACGUGCGAGUGUUGAUUUAACUCCAAAACAUUGAUAUUUCUUAUCUCUCUGAAACUUUAUAGCUUAGAUAUAUCGACAGAUUGUACCAUUUCCUCUCAGUCUUUAUUACACAUCACACCAUUAAUGAUUUUAUGGAACCAAUAUUACUUUUUACAUCAGGAGCUAAAAUGUAUUAAAUACACUAGUAUAUUG